CACGUGCGAUGCUAAGCUCCUCCCCUCCCCCCUCCUCCAGUUAGCACACAUUCAAGUCUGGAGCUGCUCCGGUCACUUACUACAAAAUGGCUGCACAGGCUCCUACAACCACCGCGACGACGACAACCGACUGAAAGCUUCAACCCUGAGAGAAGAAGUGACAAUUACAAGUCGAGAAGCGUUUGAUGGAAGAUAAGAAAAAGAAAAGGCAAGAAGACAAGAAAAAGAAAGAAGCUCCUCCGAAGAAGGAUACUGAACAGAUAACCAAAGUGCCAGACUCUGCCAGGCUCGACCCCGUCCCUUCUCUUCCCCCUACCGACCCCAGUGUCACCCCGCCACCGGUAACCCCAAGCAGUGGCGAUGGCAAGCGUGCCCCCUGCGGAGGCCAGCCUCAGACCACCCCACAGACCCCGCCCCGCAGAGAGGUGCCCCCGCGCUUCCGCCAGCAGGAACACAAGCAGCUGCUGAAGAGGGGCCAGCCACUACCCCCCGGGACCCUGCCUCUCAUCAUCGCUGAGCCUGCAGCAGCAGUAGCCAUACAUCCUGCUCCCUGGUCAACCAACCUGUCUACAGAACUGCCUCCACAGAGCAGCCAGGGAGCCCAAUAUGAUAAUCCCCUCUGGGGACACCUGCCAGCCGACAGAAGUGCCACAACUGCUGCAACUUCCUCUAAUACAAGUUGCGGUGAUCAACUGAUCGUUGUCCAGGAGGACACGGAGGCUUGGCCUUCUAUUACUCUUAGCCAGAAGGCCCCUCAAGAAGGAUGCGCUUUGGAGACUGACCCUGGUCAUCUGACCAGCAGCAGUAGCACUUGUAGUACUAGUAGUAACGGUAGUAGUUGUAGUAGUAGUAGUAGUAAUAAUAGUAAUAAUAGUGGUUGGUAUUGUAGUACGAGUAUGGCCACUGGGGCCAAUAGCCAGACUGGCCACUUUCCUAUCAACCACCUAAGCAGUAAGUCCAACACUGGACUCAGCCCUGCCAAUCAUACUGGAACCAACAUGCACUCAAGCCAGGUUGCAGCCAAUCGAAGCUGGGGUUCUGGGUCUGGACCUUCCAACUGCCCCUCUCAGUCCUCAGUGGGCAGUGAAGGAAAAAAUGACAGUCCGGCAGGAGGAGGCAGCAGCAGAGGCUGGGCCUCUUCAUCAUCCUCCAACACCAACUGUAACUUGAACUUGAACCCCAAUGCUAACCCAUCUGCCUGGCCUGUGUUGGGCCAUGAUGGUGGUGGCACGGGGGCAGGCAGCUCAGGGGGAGCCAAUAUCAUUUCACCUCCUCAACUGACACCCAACUUCUGUAAUCCCACUGGCCCCCCACCAUCCCAAACCAGCACUUAUACUGGAGCCAACACUAACAGUAACUCCUCGGGUAUUGGCAGUGCCUGGGGAGGCAUAAUGACCUCUGAUGCAUCGGAGCCACAUCCCUCCCCAUCCACAAAUGUGUCUUUCAGUUCAGAACCUCAAAACCUUAAAACUGAUGGACCAAAUCAUGUGAAUAAGCAGGAACAACCUAGCCCCAUCCACCACAUGCCUGGUUGGGGUAGUGCAUCUGCAGGCCUGGGUUCAGUGGGUCAACAGCCAUCAGGGGGCAAGCAAAUCAAUGGAGAAGAUAGUACAUCUGCGUGGGGUAUGGGUGGCGACUCAAAGGCACCUUCAUCUAAGGACUUCUCUGGCUGGGGCCAUGGAGCAGGUGGCUCAGGAAAUCCUGGAGGCUGGAGUGAACAGUCCAGCGGAGACUGGGGCAAGAAGCACACUGAGGAGGCCCAGGGAGGCUGGGAUGGCCCCAGCUCUCCUCCCCAUGACACACAGCCUAGUUCUUGGAGUAGAGCUUUGAGCACAACCGGUGCCAGUGAAGGAAGUAGUGACAGCAUGGAAGGGCAUCCGAGGUCCAAACACCAUUCAUCAAGAGAUACUCCCGCUCCUCCGUUGCCUGCCCAGGAUCUAGACCCCAGGGUGUUGUGUAAUACUGGCUGGGGACAGACCCCUGUACGCCAGCACACAUCUUGGGACAUGGACAAUACUAAAACCAAUAAUGACAUUGCCGCUGAAUCCUGGGACUCUCCAACUGUUCCAAGCGAUGCCCAGGGGCCCUCCAGUACUAUCAUGGGUCCCCCUCAAAGAACUGACUCUGGGAGCAAAAAUGAGGUGCCUGCUUCUCAGGGAGCUUCCGGUUGGGCAGGAAACAUGGCUCCUACUAACCAACCCAGCUCUGGUUGGGGAGAUCCAUCCAACAACAUUAAGCCCCUAAGUGGUCCUGGUGGCUGGGGGAAUCCACCAAAAGCAGGGCCCACCUCCAGUAUGCCCAAGAAUAGUGGUCAAUCUUGGGGAGAGGAGAAGUCGACAGGGUGGGAUGAUUCUCACAGCAAACCAACAUGCCAGAGCUGGGGAGAGCAACCCAAAGCAUCCCACAGCAGCUGGGGCAAUAGCGGUGGGAGCAAUUCUGCAAAUGACUGGGGAGAACCAGAAGAGAGCAAAAAGAAUCCAGCCAAUUCCACCUGGGAAGGAGAAACAGGGGGCUGGAAAGAAACUCCUCGAGGCUGGGGGAUGCCUCCUUCAGGCCCAGCGAUGUCCGGGGCUGGAGGAAAUGGGGGCUGGGGAGAGCCUGUUAGUCAGCGUCCCAGUGGUGCUCCUCAGGGCUGGGUAGGCAAAUCUCAGGAUGGGCCCAGUGGGAACACCGGAGCGGUCAUGGGCUCUUGGGGUGGCUCCAACUCUGUCAAGCAGGGCGCUGGAUGGAGUGGAGGCAAGCCGGAGUCCUCAGCUGAACCUACAGGGUGGGAAGAACCAUCUCCACCCUCAAUCCGACGGAAGAUGGAGAUCGAUGAUGGGACCUCCGCUUGGGGUGAUCCUAAUACCUACAACAAAUCAGUCAACCUUUGGGACAGGAACAAUCCAGGAAUGUCCCAAGCGAAAGCUCCGACUGGAGGCAAUAACCCAACGGGCCCCAACAGUAGCCAUCCCCAUAAUCCACACAAUCACGUUUAUCAAGGACCACCUGCAGCUUUACAGAAUCAUACCCAAAAUUCCCCAAACCCAGGUCCCACCAGUGGGCCCAUGGAUCCUGUUGUGCAGCACCAGUCAGGGUCAUCCCACAACCGGGGUACCCUGAUGACGCAAGGUUGGGGAGAACUACCCAGCUCACAUGCAAAAUCUGAAAGCUCAUGGGGAGAAAAUACACCUUCGCCAGUCAGCGUGGACAACGGGACAUCUGCCUGGGGGAAGCCAACUGGGGCUUCCACAGGCUGGGGUGACAGCAACUCAGACAACUACAGCAGGGGCAACCCAGCAAUGACAUCUGCAUCGUGCAAACCUGCCCCCAAACCUAUGCAAGACGGAUGGGGAGGCGUAGGUGAUGAGUUGAUGCUUUCUGGAGGUCAGUGGGAUGCCGAGGAUGGAGACAUGUGGAAUAGCACAGCCUCUCCGGAGAGCAACUCCUCCACAAACUCAUGGGGGAACACAUCCAAAAAGGUUCCACAGAAGGUGAAGAUGCCAGGGAAGCCGGAAGAUGCCUGGAUUAUGAAUCGUCUCAUUAAGCAGCUGACAGACAUGGGCUUCCCGAGGGAUCCAGCAGAAGAGGCCUUGAAGAGCAACAACAUGAACCUGGACCAGGCCAUGAGUGCCCUGCUGGAGAAGAAGACUGAACUGGACAAGCGGGGGAUGGGGAUCACUGGCCACGACUACAACAAUGGGCUCAUACACAAACCUAUGAGCUGCCCUCGGCCUCCACUUCUCUCCAAAGAACCCUCAGCGGACCCCCGUUCACCCUUCAUGGAUAAACAGAUGCAGAGUGGAAUGUUUGGUGGUGGUGGAGCAGCACAAGCCCGGGCCAUGUCUCAGCCGCCUCCUCAGCCACCAGUGCCGCCUCUCAGCUCCUCUCAGCCUAGUCUACGUGCUCAAGUGCCUCAGUUUCACUCCCCUCAGGUUCAAGCACAGCUCUUACAGUUUGCAGCAAAAAACAUUGGUCUGAAUCCUGCACUUUUAACCUCACCAAUAAACCCUCAACAUAUGACCCUUCUGAAUCAACUCUACCAGCUGCAACUGGCCUACCAGCGUUUACAAAUUCAGCAGCAGAUGUUACAGGCGCAGCGCAACGUUUCUGGACCCAUUCGACAACAAGAGCAGCAAGUUGCACGUACAAUCAAUAACAUGCAGCAACAGAUCCAACAGCACCAGCGUCAGCUGGCCCAGGCUCUGCUUAUGAAGCAGCAGCAACAGCAGCCUCCCCAUUCCCACUCGGGCCUACAUCCUGGUGGGACCAAAUCCACCCUGGAUUCCUUUUCAGGGCACCCCCAGGCUUCAGGCCUCCCUGACCUGCAGACCAAAGAGCCGCAGUCAUCUCCCAACUCCUAUAGCCCCUAUUCUCUCUCUGGACUGAAUACAAACAUGAAUGUAAACUGCAUGGAGGUGGGUCUGUCUAUGAAGGACCCACCCCAGCCUCAGUCGCGCCUGUCGCAGUGGACGCACCCCAACCCUAUGGAAAGCCUCUCUGGGAGCUCCUCUCCUUUGGAGCCCAACCUGAGCAAGCACUCUACAAACCUGGGCCCCCCUGGUAAGCCUCCUCAGCUGGAUGACUCUUAUAGCCCCUAUAGCCUGAUGUCCAGUUCUGAGUCUCCUUCCAGCCCCCUCGUGCCCCCAGACAGUUGGGGGCAGGGGAAGGGCAGCAGUGACAAGAUGGCCAAUGGGACCAACAUCAACUGGCCACCAGAGUUCUGCCCUGGUGUACCCUGGAAGGGUCUCCAGAAUAUUGACCCAGAAACCGAUCCUAACGUGACGCCGGGUAGCGUCCCAAGUGGGCCCACAAUCAACACAAACAUUCAAGAUGUUAACCGCUACCUGCUGCGAGACAGGAGUGCAGGCUCUUCUCCCACUUCAUCUCAGAAUGAGGCUCUGCCUCCUUCCUCUGAUUGGUCAGUCAGUGCCUACACUAGCUCAUUCAGUCUGUCGUCCCCGGAGACAGACGAUACAGGUAAACUGUCAGAGAUGAAGUCCACUUGGUCUCCAGGGCCCAUCUCCCACAGCCAGGCCUCUUUGUCCCAUGACAUGUGGAAGGUUCCACAGGGACCCCGAAGCAGCACCACAGCCCCCUCCCGCCCUCCGCCUGGCCUCACCAACACCAAGCCAUCCUCUACUUGGGGAGGGAACUCUCUGGGUCUGUCCCAGGGAUGGAGCAGCUCUUACACCACUGCAGGCACCACAUGGAGUACAGACAGCUCCACCAGGACCAGUAGCUGGUUGGUACUGAGGAACCUCACCCCACAGAUUGACGGUUCAACUCUGCGCACACUGUGCAUGCAGCACGGCCCUCUCAUCACAUUCCACCUCAACCUGACACAGGGCAAUGCUGUGGUGCGCUACAGCUCCAAGGACGAAGCUGCCAAGGCUCAGAAGUCCCUGCACAUGUGUGUGCUGGGGAACACUACCAUUCUGGCAGAGUUCGCCGGAGAAGAGGAAGUGAAUCGCUUCUUUGCACAGGGCCAGUCACUCGGUGGGACGACCAGCUGGCAGGCCACUCCAGGAACCAAUCAGACGAGGAUGGGCGGGUCCGGCUCCGGAGCCUCUCACCCCAUCGGCCACACCCCCCACUGGAACAACAACAACAAUGGCAGCGGAGGUACCAGCGGCACCAAGGGUGGCGGAGAGCUGCUGUGGGGCGGUGUGCAGCAGUAUUCCAGCCUGUGGGGGCCCCCGAGUGGAGAGGAAGGUCGGGUCAUGGGGAGCCCCAGCCCAAUCAACACGCUGCUACCUGGAGACCUGCUGAGCGGGGAGUCCAUGUAAGGACAAUGGAGCAAAACAAACAACUUUCAAAUCAAUACGGAGAUAAUCAGCAAUGGAGUACCCGUGAAGGUGAAGGGAGAGACGAGAGGAGUCCUCACAGCUCGUCGCCUUCCUCUACUCCUUUUUCUUUAGUUUGUUUUUUGAGGAAAGUCGCAGUGUUGAGCUUUUACACUUGGAGACACAGGAAGAUGUCUUUUCAUUCAAACUUUUUACACAGGUGAACUCGCCGAAUGAAAUGAGCUGCCAUCUUUAACUCUCGCUGCCUUUUUGGAGGCAAUCAUACUGCACCUCAGAGACCUGCAAGAAGGCAUCAUUCCCAAAGUUAUUAAAAAAAACUGUCAAUCAGAGCGCUGGUUGUUAUUCCUCGGCUGUUCCAGACUCUCAGCACUAAUAUUGGCCUUAACCUCGUUCCCCCUGUUGCCCUGCUUCCCUCACUCACUCUGUCAGUGGGUGGAGAAGCAUAUGGACACUUGCACACCCUUAUCUCUGAGCCAGUGAAAUUCGACAUGGGGAGUUCAUGAUGCUGCUGCGGCCUACUAGAAAGCAACCACAGCUCCCAUCUACAAACAGUGCUUUUAUUUUGUCUCUUUUUUUUUUUUUUUUUUGCAAAGCAGAUCCCCUCACAAAACACUCUCAAAGGGAAUGAUGCAACUCUGUUCGCCUUGUUCAAGCCAUUUAUUUUUGUAGUGUAUUUUUUUUCUUGCUCUUCUUGAAGCAUUGCAAACAAAUUUAAGAAACGCUAUUAUUCAGAUGUGUUAGGGGCUGGGCUUUGGGGGGGGGGGGGGGGGGGAUUACAGUACAACAUGAACCACUGCUAUUACUGUGGAGCUGUAACAACAACAAAUCGAUGCACCUCAACUCGUCUCGCAGUUUGGUCUGGGACCUUCUCACUGCUGUUGAAAACCUCAAGACCGGAAAAUCAGCACCCCCGUUCCCUUCAACCCCAACACCCCCUUUGUCACAACAACAACAAAAACAUUUCAAGUGACGUGCAAUAUAAGCCACAACAGACUGUAACCGUCCAUGCUCCCUACUGAUGACCAUAAGAGAACCACAUUGAACUUCUAUGUGACCUAUGUGCAGCGCCACCCCCAGACUUACUGCCACUAAUACACCCCCCCUCCCCCAAGUGUGCGUGUGCAUGCGUGCGUGGGCUUAGGAGAGUAGCAAGGUCAUUCACUUAAAGCACUUCUCAGCAGGCGACGUGUGUGUGAAUGUGUGAGAGAGUAUGUGUGGAUGGAAGGCAUCAAACCAAAAUGAUGAAAGAAGCCUGUUUUCCUCUUCUUCUUUUUUUUUGACUGAAAUGCGUGUAGAGAUGUGAAAGGCUGCUCUAUCAUAGCACUUAACAGGAGCCACCUACCCCUCACUGUGCCCCCAUUCUGCCGCCCAGACCCGACCCACACCCUUCAAUGGCGGCUCAAGCAGAAGCAACACUGGCAAAUAGAAAGUGACUGACUGCUAUGUGGCUUCAAACUUAUGGAUGUGAAGAUUUUUCUUCUCUUUUUGUUUUUUCCCCCCUCCCAUCCCACUCCACUCUCCCAGAAUGAAUAUGGUAGCAAAGAUGAUGAUCCGAUUGGGGGGGGAGGCAUGUGUUUGUUUGUUUGUUUUUUUCUCAAAUGAAGCCUUGUUUUCUGGAGAGGCGUGCCACCCCCACCAGCCAGUCGGCGUCAUGGCGUGGCCACUGAGUGCCUGCCUGCUGCAGGGUGCAGUGCUCUGCAAGCAGACCUCACCCCUGACCUCACCACCACCAUGCUGACACUUCCCACAUGACUUCCCUCCUCUUCCUCCAACUCUUUUGUGUUUUGUGUACUACUACUAAUACUACUACUGCUGCUGCUGCCCUCAGCAACCUCCACUUCCACUCUUGACAUGGAGGCAUUUUUUCAAAGUUUUUUUUUUUUUUUUUGCCUAUGUGCUUUUUGUUGAUGUUCAUUGACGACACCUAUGUCAUGGCUUUAUGCAGUGUUCAGCCCCCCCACACCCACCCCACCCGCCCGUGACACCUCCUCAAAAGCUCCGCCGCCCAGCUGUGUACCCACUUCGUCUCUCCGUCCAGGACACGCCACACUGGUGCUUUUCUGUUUCACCUCUGGGAGCACUCAGUUCCACUCGGAGCCGCCUCCACUGAGAAGCAGCCUUCCAUUUCUAUGCAAAAGGAGGUGUGAACUCGCCGCCAUUGCCACCAACUCCAGACCCCCCCCUCUCCUCCUAUCUGCCAAACAUCACAGCUCUCUCUUUUACUACCAAGGCAGCUUCCCGUCAAAACAUCUCCCACCGAGCUUGGAGGCGACACCUACUGCAGGCACGCGUGCUUGGGGAACUUCUUCAGUCCUGUGCCAACUGACAUCCAAAUAUCAAUAUCUAUCAAAUGAGGAGGAGAAGGAGGCCCCGACAAACUAGUGGCCAUGCUGCUUUUCACAGGAGAAGGAGGAGGCGGUUAUUUGUGGAUGGGGGGGGGGGGGGGGGUCCUUGUAUGUGUCUGUGCACUGUUUAUGGGUCACAUCGGGUACAUCUCUUUUUAAAUAACCAAAAAAAACCAGGAUCUUUAUCAUAUUUCUUUUAUGUGUUAGAGCACUCCAAAUCUGAGGUUCUGUUUUUCUGUUGAGGCCUCCAACCUGAAGGUGGCGCUAAUCCGCCAAUCACUAACAGGAACACAUCUCAAGUUCGGUACCAAGUCUUAAUAGUUUUGUUUUUACGUGUGUUCUCUAUUCCAGAGUCACUCUUUCAAGACUUGUCAUUGAACGGAACAAUCGUUAAUGCCUGUGUUGUUUAUUAUUUUAUUUUGGAUGUAUGGAUUUCUGUUCUGUGCAUUUACUCCACACUGGACUUGAAUCAAGGAACCGGGCUAGCGCUGGAGGGACAGGGUCGUCGGGACUCAGAGGGGCAUGUUUACACGACAACGGGAUUUUUUUUUUGUUUUUCUGAAUAGUUUCUCAUGCAGGCAAUAAGGUUUUUAAAGCUAUCGUCAAAACAGAACAACUAAACACGGGAAGGCCUAGCAGUUAGCAUCCUUCCGGUCAUGUCCAAAAGCAUAUUUUUACUAUUCCAAACGUGUGUAUUUAUGUUGAGAAUGGUAACACUACAUGUGUAUUUAACUAUCGUCAGUGGAACAUAGGCGUGUAUGCUCAUAUCUUUUUUAGAUAUACAGUCGGCCCUCGUCUCUUGGCGCUUCGAACAUUGCGUCGUCAUUCUAUCUUGGUUUUUCAAAAAUGAAUUUGCUGUUUCGUAGUCGACUAUGACUAAAACUAAGCACAUUAAGCCAUUGUUACAUAUCUUUGGUUUAAAAUAAGCAUUUCAAGAAUUAAAAAAAGUACAAAUACAAUUUGAACUGUAGUCUAUACUGGCCACGAGGUCUUUACAGUAACACACCAGACUUUAUCUCUGUCAUCAUCAAUUAUGCAGAUUUCAAUUAUCAUCACAAUAAAUGUCCACAAGACAUUUAUUGACAUACGAGUCUCGGAUUAUAUCUACUAUAUUGGCUAUGUGACUGUAGGGGUGUUAUCGUAUGUCUGGAGGGCUCUAAUCAUAACAAUAACUGAAUGUAAAAGGUUGUAAACAGAUAUUCUUUGCUCUAAUUACAUGUAUAUUUGGUUUAUAAAUACCCAAUUAAGCGUGAUAAACAAGGGAUUACUGUAAACCUAAUGUCGGCAACUUUAAAAACCUCCAAUUGUGAAGCAACUGCAGUUUUUCCACUCAAAAGAUGCAGUUGUGAAAUGACAUUUUUCUAAUACAAUCGUAGUGUAAACAGUCCCUCCUGUGCUAUUCUGAGCAACAACACUUACCAGCCCUGCCCCCUUUUCCUUCCAACUUGUGUAGGAGGUCAAAUGUGCCCCCCCCCCCCCCCCCCCCCAACCAACAAAAAGUUACAAAAAGGCGACUUUUGCGUCACAAUCAUGGAUCACACAUAAGAGUUGCAUUCGCCGGGGUGGAAUAUGCACAUGCUAGUUUCUCCGCAUUAUAGACGCGAGUGUGUUUUUGUGUAUGUGUGUUCCAUGCCUGCACCCUCCCUCUUAACAUUGACAAGAUCAUAAACAUAUCAGACAAAUAGAAAAUAAUGAAAAGAAAUACUUGAAUCAAAAAGAAGCGCCAAUAAUGUACGUAAUGUGAACACUUUUUGUAGUUAUUAUUUUGUCUCCUUCAUAUACUUUAUUUCCAAUUCAAAGAAAUUGGGGGACUUUAAAAGGCAAAAUGAACACCAGAGUGUUUGCACAAGGCUGCUUGUACUGUACAUGUGUAUAUGUGUGCGUGUGAAUGUUUCCAAUAAUGUGCGCAGACAAGUGUCGGCCAUGUUUUGUUUUUUGUUUUGUUUUGUUUUUUUCAACUCAGUAUUGUUGUGACUAGCCUCUAUAGCGUUGCACUGAGUGUCCUCAUCCAGCUAAACCCAACGACAUGACACAAGUACCGUGGGGGCAGACGGUGUACAUGUUUACUCAAGGACUUUAAAAAAAAUGAAAUAAAUAAGUGUGUGUUUUGUUUUUAAAUGUAAUGUUUAUCUACCUUUAGUGGCUUUCAUUGUGGACAAUAAUCCAAGGAAAGUAUGGAUCAUAUUUGAGUAUUGCACCAUUUUGCAGACUAUAUACCUAAAAGAAAAAACGACAAAAAAAUAAGACAUGUAUAAAAAAAAAAAAAAAAAAAGUAUUUGACAGACCUGUGGCCAUAGUUUUUUGAGGGGUUAGAAGGAUUUCUGCUGUCUGAGGGCAAAGGUCAAGACAGAGCCUCGGCUCACCUCAGAGGUGCCUACUUUUUUUUCUCUCUCUCUUUCUCCUCUCCUCUUUCAUUCAUGUCAUUGUACCCACCUGGCCACUGACAGUUUACAAAACACUUUUGUUUCAUUCUGGAGUUCCAAAAGAAUUAAAACAACCAAUGGGAAAGGGGUUUAAAGAAAAACAAAAAAAGGACAAAUGCUUCCAUUUUUCAAAGUGCAACACUUCACAGAAUGAAGAUUUCUUGUGCUACUUUAAGAACUCUGGGAUCCAACAGCGUUGUCUUGUUCUGUGUUUAUGUUGGACUAUCUGAAGCCUGUUUGUUUUAUGUUGAUUCUAUAUAUUUUUACUUUAUACAAAAAACGAAGAAAAAAAAACAGGACAAAAAAAAAAAAAAGACAAUUGCUCACUAUCUUGCACACACAUGAAAACGUGGAUCUCGUCUCAGGAAGGCCAGGGUUCCAGAGUACCAACUCCACAUCAUUUUAAUGUACAUUUUUAUUAUUGAGAAUAAUCUAAGCACUGAAAGUUAUGGAUUUGAGAAGGAGGAGCAAAUACCUGUCGUUUUUUUAAAUCCGUAGCAGUUACGUAAUAACCAAAUAAUGGACUUUAAAUGGAGUGCUUUAUAUAUAAAUAUAUAUAUAUAUACACAAAUAUAUAUAUAUACAAAUCUAUAUAUUAAAAAAUUGCUUUACAUUUCAAAAUGAAAACAAAUGUGGAUUUUGAUUGUUUAAAAAAAAAAGAGAGACCGUGAAUAAGAUGAUGCAAAAAGCUGUUUUGUUUUGACCCUUUCUUGUGUUUUUUCUUACUGAGGUCCCAUCCUGACUGAAUCAGGAGAGUCGUGCAUUAUUAUCUUACCUUCUUUCUCUUGUCGCUCAUGAAAAAUAUGAUUUGUGUGUGUGUGGAGGAUGUUUGUAAAACAAGGUUGUAAAGGAACAUGAAACUAUGCACAAGUGUUGGAGGAGCAGAAGAAGGCGAUUUCAUGGCCUACACUGACUGUGGGCGAUUUAUUGCAGGGGUUUUAUGGGAUAGGGAGGGAAUCCAAUAUGGUUUUAUUUUUAUUUGGCCUGAUUCCGAUCGUGUUACAUCGCCAUGCUGUGUAUUCCUAAAAACCAAUGAGCGUCUCACUCUAGCACUGUGGGAUUCCAGCCUGUCACCCUCAAGGUUUUUAAGGGGUUUUUUUUUUUUUUUUGUGGGGUGGGGGGUUAUCAAUGGGUGUUUGGAAUUAGGGCUGCUUUUUUUGCCUUUGCUUUAUGGUUUGGAAUAUUACAAAAAAAAUGUCUGUACUGAGAUUUAAUGAAAAGUCAGUGGCUUGUAAUGGUUUAUUUCUCUCUCUCUCUCUCUCUCUCUCUCUGUAUAUCUUUCUCCUCAUAGAAUGUGAUUGUUCAAAAAUGACAUGCACCGAAACAAAUGUUUUCAUGAAUUAUGGAGCUUCUUUCAGAUAUUAAUAAAAUAGCAAUUUUUUUCUCGGCUGUUUAAAAGAAACGUGCACUUUCUUUUUGUAUGCACAACACACCCAGAAACUAGUACUAAUACAGAAAAUUGCAGGAAUUAUAUUGAUAAAACACCAACGCUUUCAUCAUGAAAUAAGUACAUUUGCCACCAAGUACAAUACAGUGCUUUAGUCACGGGACAUCGUCGACGCCUUUUUGACCACCAAAGGCUGCCGUAGUCACAGGAACAGGAAGUCACAGCCUAUGUAAGCUAGGUAACGGGCAUACUAUUUAUAGAAUAUUACAUAUAUAUGUCUCUACAUAUAUAUGUUUAUCUAUAUAUAUAUAUAUAUAUGUUUAAAUACAUGUAUAUACAUUUUGGACCACUUAUUUGUGUCACAAAACCCAAACUUGAGUUAUAAGAGCUUCGUGACAGUGAAAGAGAGCGGGGAAAGCUAACUGACAGCACAAAAAGCACUGCAUUCUGGGACUUGUAGUAUCAGCGGUGAGUAAAAACUACUUUAAAAGCUAGUUACGAUUUCUAAAUAUAUGUUCUAAAUGUAAGCAAAACUUUCGUUGGUGUUUUUGGAGACGCUAAAUCGGUUGGGUCUCCACUUCAAUCACGCUCUGAGGGCGAUGUGUCUGGGGCAGGCAUAGCAGUUGUCCUGUGGUUGUUUUAUGGGGGCGUUAGCAUACAAUGGAGAGGUGACCUCCUCCAGGUGUGAGGGCACUUCCUGCUGAUACGGGGGGAUUAUUUCGGAGUGUUGCUGCUUCCUGGCCAUUUCCUCAUAAACUGGAAAAGCAGCAGGUGCACUCGGGUGGCGCCUUGUCUCAACCUUAAAAAAAACAUACAACUUGUGAGCUAUCAAACAUUGAAGUCCAGUUGACUUGACUCAAUAGCAGAGUGCACCUUUUUGACCUACUUACACAUUUUUUAAUAGCGAGCCACACGACCACGAUCAGAAGGAAGCAGGUCACUGAAAAGAUGGCUACAAGCAGAGGGGGGUAGCUGGAAGAGCAUUGGCAGUUCCUCCCUGCACAAAACACCACCACCAGUCCUCCCAAUUAAAAUGUCACCAUUGUGUAGAAAUAUUAAUACUAUCAGUCUUUUUCUUUGGGUUUUGCCACCACAGUAGGAUACCAGGGAUGGGGAAGAGCGAUAAUGUGACGAUAACCAUAGAACAUGAACAUGGCUAAAGUGACAAUACUGUAUGUUUUAUUAUUUUUCUGUUUAAUGAAAUCAUCUACACUGGAACCUGUAAGGUGGUUGAUGUGAUUUACUGUGACACAUAAACAGGAGUUUUACUUCUGCUUAAAUUGCUCAUUCACUCUUACUGUGUCUACUAUGUUAAGUAAUAUGAGCGUAAAGCCAUUUAAAGCCGCCAUUACAUUACACUGAUGAGACCAUAGCCACUUCUGGAAGUACACUGUCCACUGCUGACGUGUGACUCUAUAUUAUCUUAUUUCUGUUUAAUAUGUCUUAUUUUCUCUGAUUGUAUCUACUAUAUUGGGUAAUAGAAAUGUAAAGGUGACUAUAGGGGUGUUAUACCAUGUCCAGAGGGCUCUUGUAAUGUUAAGACCAGUAUUUAGAACAUUUUAAACAGGUACAGGCAAUUUUAUAAGUAGCAUUUUAGAUCACGUUCCGUUCCUUUUUUUCAUUAUUACUCUUUGGGCGGCAUAGCUAUUUUAUACUGAGCAGCCAGGACAUAGAGGAAUGUACCAUGUUACCACAUCGCCAUUGCUCAUCACAUUUUCCCUCUUCGCUAUCACUGUUCCAGCUCACAGCUUUACAUAAAAACAGAUGUGCGUACAUCACCAGCACGUCCAUUUCUGCUUCUAUGGUCAUCAUCACAUUUUUAACAAGGAAGCUAUACAAGGAAAUAGUUGUUACCUGAGCCGUUAACCAACAGGAAGAGCUGCUGAGUGGUGAAGGAGUUGUGCUGUGAAGUCUUUUCUCUGUAGAAGCGCUGGCAUACAUACAAGCCCGAGUCACCUGGUUUCAAACGCAGCAACAUCACCUUCACCUGUGAGGUGUUCCAUCCUCCAGACACCUGCAGGCGCCACUUGUUGUACGGGUCCAGCCUGAGCUCGUCGCUUUCUCUGCCGCCGCCACGUGGGAGCAUGGACAGCAAUGUGGUCUGUGUGUGUCCUCGGCUGUGGUACAGGUGGAGGCUUGUUAGACCUCUGUGGUCCCCGUGACAAGAGAGCUCCAAGGACUGAUUCUCGUUCAGCUGCUUGAAGGUCACAUCUGCAUGUGCUGCACGCAAACAACACUGACAUGAGCCAUAAUGGUCAUUAUGAAAUAUCAGCUUCAUUCUUACCCUCUAAGAGCUGAACAAGGACAAGAAGGAACUCAAUGCUGGUCUUCAUGUUCUUCUGGCUUAAAAACACACUAGCAUUAAACCACAGACAACCUAGUCACAAUGGGCCUCCUACCACUUCCUUUAUUCAUUGUUCUUCACCAAGCAGGAAGACACCACCGCCACAAGUCUUGAUAAAAUGCUUCUUCUGCACGCUACAUGCUAGCACUACCUGUACUCCACUCCUGUUCCUGUGUUAAACAUGUCAUUUUAGAGGCAGAUUCUAGUCCAGUGGCCAGAAGCAACAAAAAAGUUUCCUCCUGUAUAUUUCGUGUAUCACAACAUAUCUACCAACAUACCUUAAGUGCAGGCUUGUUUUUUUACCUCCACAAAGUGCAGCACAGAGGUUUCUUUUUGCCCGUGUUAUCCUUCUGUGUUCAAAAUAACUUGAAAAGUUGUGAAUGGGUUUGGAUGAAAUUUUCAGGAAAUGGGAUAUGGAAGAACUGACUCAAUAUUUUGGGGGUGAUCCAGAUCACUGUCUUGAUCCAGGGAUUUUUUAACAUUGUGAGAUCGGACCAUUUUUUGCGUCUGUGCAUAUAACUCCACAAAAGAUUGGUCAGAGUACUUGUUUGGGACGUUUAGCCAUGCUUGGUGUUAGCAUGAUAAUGUUACCAUAUUAGCAUUGCGACCAUGCUAAUAGUAACAGAUUAGCAUUUUUAGCCCUUUUCAUGGGUAGAUAUAUGUGUAUAUGAACACUUAGCAUUAGCACAUUAGCAUUGCGAGCAUGUCAACAUUAGCAAAGUAGCAUUUUUACCCAUUUUCAUAGGUUGACACUAUUAUGCUGGGUGAGGACAUGCGAGCAGGAUGAGCAUUCACACAUGAGCAUACUAGCAUUUUUUUCGAUUUUCAUGAAAAUGAACUUUUCAUGCUAGUUGUUAGCAUGC